UCUCGCGCCUCCUCCAAUGGCGCUUCCCCUGGUCGUCGUCUUCGUCGUCCUCUCCCCUCCUUUAUUUAGCUGCUCCCAAACCCUAAUUUUAGAAUCCAAUGCCCUCGCCUUGGAUCGAGACGAACCGAGCCGAAGCCUCGGCUCUCGCUGCGGCCCCUCCUGUUCCGCUUCCCCGCGCACCGCCCUCGUCGAGGAUCCCCGAACCCUAGGGCUCCGAUCGCAGAGAUGGCUCCCUAUCUCUCUCUGCCGGUUCUCUUGAUUAUUUCUGUGGUUAUAUCUAUCGCCAUUGGUGCCCUCGCCAAGACGGAUCAGCCGGAUGUUUCUGCCCUAAAUGUCAUGUAUAGCAGCUUAAAUUCCCCCUCUCAGCUGACUGGUUGGAGUUCGAGUGGCGGCGAUCCCUGCGGAAAAGGCUGGAAGGGAAUCAAGUGCUCAGGCUCAUCAGUAACAGAGAUCAAUCUAUCAGGUCUUGGACUGACUGGUACACUGGGUUAUCAACUUUCAAGUUUGACUUCAGUAACUAACUUUGACAUGAGCAAGAACAACAUCCAUGGUGAUAUUCCAUACCAACUUCCACCAAAUGCAGUUCAUAUAAAUCUUGCUAGGAAUGCUUUUACUGGUGGUGUUCCUUAUUCGAUUUCUCAAAUGACUGAUCUCGAGUAUCUAAAUGUUGCAAGUAAUCAGCUUAAUGGACAGUUGACAGAUAUGUUUGGAAAGCUUCCAAAGCUCUCUGUGCUGGAUCUGUCAUUCAACCGCUUCUCAGGUAGCCUGCCUCAAAGUUUUCGAUCCCUCUCAAGCCUCAAAACUCUAUAUUUACAGAACAAUCAAUUCAGUAGUACAGUCAAUGUUCUCAGCACUCUUCCCCUUGAGGAUCUGAAUCUUGAAAACAAUCAGUUCACAGGAUGGAUUCCAAGUAAACUAAAGGGCAUAGAUAACCUGCAGGUGGGGGGAAAUUCUUGGUCAUCCGGAACAGCACCUCCUGGUAUGGUUAAGGCUUCAAACACUGGCAGUGGGGGAAACUCAUUGAAAGGGAACUCAAUUGUUAAUGGAGUAGCCAUUGCUGCUGCUGUAAUUGCUGUGUUGGUUGUGGCUCUCAUCCUGUUGACUUUCAUGAAAAAGAGAUCUUCGUCCUCUGCUCAUUAUUUGGAUGGAAGAUUUGAUGAACAGCUUAGUCAGAACAGAACUUUUACACCUCUAGUUUCUGAUGACCAGAAGGAGCUUAAGCACUCCUCUUCGAUCAGCAUGAAGGCUUUUGAAAGAUCUCUUUCCACGGGCCUUAAGCGUCAGCCAUCCGAACCACGCAAAUCAUUUAAUGAUAAUGAGUUUGCAAACAAAGUUCACUCCAAAAGAAGCACGAACCCUAUUACCAUGACCUCAUAUUCAUUAGAAGAUCUGCGUGCAGCUACUGGAGGCUUUAGUGCUGGUCGGCUUCUUGGACAGGGGACUAUUGGCCGUGUCUUUAAGGCAAAAUAUGCUGAUGGAAAGGUUUUGGCUGUGAAGAAGCUAGAGACCAUAAAUGAUUCUGGAGGCAGCUCCUCCGAAUUCAUGGAACUUGUUUCUGGCGUUUCCAAGCUGCACCACCCAAACAUAUCUGAGCUUUUGGGUUAUUGCUCGGAGCCUGGCCAUCCUUUGUUGGUGUAUGAAUUCCAAAGAAAUGGAUCUCUUCACGAUUUUCUACAUCUCUCAGAUGAAUACAGCAAGCCAUUAACAUGGGACACCCGGAUUAAGAUUGCUCUCGGUACUGCCCGCGCUGUAGAGUACCUUCAUGAGGUCUGCUCCCCUUCCAUGACCCAUAAGAACAUAAGCUCUGCAAACAUCUUGCUUGAUGAAGAGCUCAAUCCCCACUUAUCUGAAUGUGGUCUAACAGUCUUCUAUGAGGAUCCCAGUGAGAACUUAGGACCAGGUUAUAAUGCCCCCGAAUGCAUAAAACCAUCGUCUUAUACGAUGAAGAGUGAUAUCUACUGCUUCGGGGUGGUUAUGUUAGAGCUGUUGACUGGUCGUAAGCCUUAUGACAGUUCUAAGCCAAGAAUGGAGCAAUCCUUGGUUCGGUGGGCAACUCCGCAACUCCACGAUAUCGAUGCCCUGGCGCAGAUGGUGGAUCCUGCGCUCCGCGGCCUCUACCCCCCCAAAUCCUUGUCUCGAUUUGCCGAUGUCAUCGCUCUCUGCGUCCAGUCGGAGCCCGAGUUCCGUCCACCGAUGUCCGAAGUGGUGCAAGCGCUGGUCCGGUGUGUGCAGCACACAAGUAUCAACAAGAGACUGGGUGGAGAUCUGAGCGCCUCUCGUCGCAGUGACGACUCCGAUUCGUAUUACUGAAACAGAAAAAUAAUGCUUUCACCUGCUAACUUCCAUACACCAUCAAGGCUGGUCCUCUAUUCCGGAGAGGUUUCCUAUAAGAGAGCUUGUGUAAGAAAUUGUAUAAAAUGAUACUAUACAAACUAUAUAUAGAAGGGCGAAGAACGUUCGAAAUUUGAAGGACUUAAGGUAAGUAUCACUGGAAGAUAAUUUGCUGAAGAAUGAGCCAACCACAAAUAUGUGACAAGAAAAUGCAAAUAAUAUAUUUGGAUUAUAUUGGUUAA